GCUCAUCAUUCAUUUCUGCUAGCCGUGUUUCUUUUAUAACCUAGUUGGGAAUGGAGCCUGGCCAAACACGGGCGACUCCAGCCUGAGCUGUUUCUGUCUACGGGCCCCCGUAUCUGCCGCCGCUUGGCCCUGUUCACAUGCCGGUAUGAUGGAACCCAAAUGUCCGGCUCCCAUUUCAGCCACAAACCCAUGAAGUCGUACGUGAGCGCUAUUUUCUUCCAGGUCUCUCAUUUGGCCCCCGUCUGCCGUCGCCUCGUGUUGGUCCGGCCGUGGGCGUCUGUGUGUUUCGUGUGGCAUGAAGGAAGGCCUUUGUUUACGUGAGAGUUUAUUUUCUAACCUCUCCGCCUUCUCUGUAUCCCGUCCCUUCUCGGCACCCUCCCUCCCUCCCUCCCUCCCUCCUGCUCUCAUCCCUCACUUUAAGCUGGGCAGGAAGAGGAGAGUUUCCCUCUCUUGGUCCGCCGGAGCUCCUCGUCAUUCGGACACGGAUCCAGAGGUGGCUUCUUGCUUUUUGAUUGUUCGUUCUCCUGGAUGUGAAGGCAGGCGAGCUUCUUCUUCUUCUUCUUCUUCUUCCUCCCCUGGUGCUUUCUGUGGAUUGGAUCCGUCCCCCCCCCCCCCCUUUGAAGUGGUCCGGAGGUUUUGGGCUUCGCCGUCCGGUGGAAGGACCUCAGAAGAUCGGCUCCAGCUCCAGAGAUGCAGGUGUUCGGGCCGUGGAUCGUGUGUGUUCACCUGACCGCCGUGGUUUUAUCGGGACGAGUCCCGGACCCGGUGGACGGAGGGGGUGCGCCCGGGUCGCUCGAGUCCCACCUUCCGGGGUUUCGGGUGGUGGAGGCAGCGUCGGACACACGGGUGGAGACCACCGGUCUCCCCGCAGGAGAACUGAAGGACGAGAGUCCCGGAGUGGCGGAGAAGUUGGAGGGCGAUGUGGAUUUCCAAGCGUCGAAGGCUGGCAGGAGACGCAGGGGAACGUGGGGGAGGAGACACGCCGCGACCGUGGAGUCCACCGCGUACAGACUGGUUGGACUGGGGCGCCCCCUGCUGGACUGGAGGAGGCAUUUCACUGCAGACAAGGUGGCAAGUGCCCUGAUGGCUGUACUUAAAGAGCUUUACACGGAGAAGACCAGACUGCUGGACCAGGAGAAACCACGGAAAAAAAAAGAGGAGGAGGAGGAGGAGGACGACGACGAUGAAGACGACGACGAUGAAGAUGACGACGAUGAAGAUGAGGAGGAGGAGGAAGAAGAGGAAGAAGAGGAAGAGGAAGAGGGAGGAGAAGGGGAGGAAGAAGGGGAGGAAGAAGAAGGGACUGAAUCGCCGAACAAUCAGACGGAGACUCGGGGCGGCUUCCCUGAGGCAUGCCAGACUGCAGACGAACGAGUCAGCUGCCGGGGAGUCGGCAUGACUCACCUGCCAAACAUCACCGACCUGGACAUCACCGACCUGGACCUGGCAGAGAACAACAUCAGUCACAUUUCCCCGCGAGGUUUCUCCGGCCUGCCCAACCUGGAGACACUGGACCUGAGCAGAAACCUGUUGGACGACGCAUCGCUGAACCAAAACCCUCUGUCUAACUUGACCCGUCUAAAGAAGCUGAAUCUGGAUGGAAACCAGCUGACCCGAGUCCCAGAGCUGCCUUCUUCUCUGGAAGAACUGAAGAUAAAUAACAACAAGCUCAGCGCGCUCACGCCUGACUGCGUCAAAGGUUUGGUGAACCUGUUGUCUCUAGAGCUGGGGGACAACAGUCUCUAUGAGGGGAGCAUUUCAUCAUCAGUGUUCAAACAUCUGGAGCAGCUGCAGAAACUACAUUUGAACAAAAACCAUUUCCGUUCGCUCCCCCAGGACCUUCCUUCCUCUUUGCAGGUACUGUUGAUGAGUGAAAAUCAGAUUGAGGUGAUGAGGGAGGAUUUAAGAGGAUGCGUCAAUCUCAAAGUGUUGGACCUGAGUCAUAACUUGCUGCAUGAGCACAACGUCGCUGACCAGGCCUGGACUCAUGUCACCGCCCUGGAGGCCUUGGAUCUGUCUCACAACCGUCUGACUUCCGUUCCCAUGCAUCUGCCCCGCCCUCUUCGUCAGCUGACGCUGCAACACAACGCCAUCAGUCACAUUCCCACCUAUGUGUUCCGUAACCUGCGACCCGGCCUCGAAUCCCUCCGCCUCUCCCACAACGUCCUGGGCGAUGAGAGUAUUGAGCGACUUUCUCUCGUCGGAACGUACCGAUCCCUUUCUGAGCUCCUGUUGGACCACAACCGGAUCAGGGUGAUCCCUCAGACCAUUCGACAGUUUAAGAGCCUGCAGGUGCUGAGACUGGACCACAACCAGAUCAGGUCGGUGGGGAAAUGGGCUGUGUGUCACCCUCGUAACCCCGGCUCCAAACUGGCCUCGGUUCACCUGGACAAUAACCUGCUAGCGUUGGACAAGAUCCCUCCGAAGACCUUCGCCUGUCUCAACGACCCCAAAGGGCUGGUCCUCCAACCACAGCAGGGCCAGAUGCAGCACCAAUAAGACACCUCACACAGACGGACACACAACGCAAACACACACACACCAAACAAGUGUGUGACAUCCUGUCUCCGUUAUCAAACACGCUCCAUGUAGAGGGGUCUUCUCCAUGUUAUAUCACGAGUCUCUCCUUUCUUAUGGGAUUUCCACUUUCUCAAGGCCGGGCGGAGUUUGCAGGUAAACAUAGUCGCCGUCUAACCUGUGUAUUUAUUCCAAACGACCAUCUCGGCAAAGUUCAGUUCACGUUCCCGCUUUUGUUUCGGUGCAUGAAAGUGGUUUUCAUGGUUGCUGUUUUUCAAAUGUUUAACGUGUAAACGGAGCUGUUGUCCGUGUGGUGGUCAAGUACUAAUAAAUGGACAA